AUGAAAUUCUACUUGCUUGAUUUCAAUCGAACCUUUUCUUCAGUUGUCUUGGAUCAAACGGACGCUGUAGCUGCACACACACACAGAGGUAUAGAAUUCCUCGAAAGACUAGGUGCUUUCGCUAAGGAGCGGGCUAUGAUUGAAGAGGAAUAUGCCGCUAAAUUAAGAACGCUAGCCAAGAAAUCUCUUGGUAGGAAGAAAGAAGAUGAAGAAGCAGCUAAGAGUUUCACUUAUGUGAGGUCAUUUGCGAAUCUGCUCCACGAACUAGAGCUACUUGCUGGUCAGCAUGAGGUGUGUACUGUGUAA